AAUCCGAGUAGCAAAAAAUUCAUGGUUGAAGAGAGUUCUGGAAGUACUGCUGGAUGUAAAGGUCUUAUUUCACUAAGGCCUGAUGAUGUGUACUCCAUAUUUGGUUGGAAAAACAAUGGAGUGGAUGUUUUUGGGUUUCUUAGUACUGAAGGAGAAAAAGCAACCAAAAAAUACCUGUUAGUUUUGUUAGCAAGAAAAAUGGUAAGAUCAUGAUUGAUGAUCUCAUAGAAAAGAUUGUGAAGAAUAAGAGCACUGAUGAUGACUUUAUUCGGAUGACAUUUCUAGUUCUCUUAGGAACUAUAAUUGCACCAGUGUCUCAUGAAUACGUUCCGAAAAAAUACUAUGCCUUAGUGCAAAAUAUUAAGUUGAUAAGGAAGUUCAACUGGAAUGCAUUCACUUCACGAUUCUGUUUAUCGGAGAUUGGUAAGCUUCUGCAGGACGGCCAUGUUAGGCAGUGGCCCCAGGGGAACCUCGCCCUUUUGCAAUACCUAUACUGGGAGAAGGUGCAACCAAUCACCGGUCCAAAAUAUGAUCCGUUGGCAUUGUUGAGCCCGCUGAUGAGGAACUGGACGGAAGAUAUGGCUGUGAGAAGAGACAAAUACGACUAUGAAUAUGGUCGUGGUGUUGGGAUGAUCGAUGACAACAUUACAGAGGAGUAUAGGCUGAAAAAAAUUGCGGAAGAAGAAGCUCAAAAAACCAAGAAAGCUAGUAGCAAAAAAUCUAACGUUACUGGAACGAGGAAAGAGGGCAGUACCUCGGAGGCUUCGAGCCAGAAGCCUACUAUGGACCGGAUUUUGAGUGAGAUGAAUGAGCUUCGGAAGGAAAUGCUUCGUUUGCCAGAGUUAUGCGCACAGGUAACACUUGAGCACGUCUCUUUAAUGUCCAUCACUGAAUUGAAGAACUAAGAUGAAAUGUUUUCUUGCAGAGAAUGAUUGAGAAACUGAACAAAA